GAGUUUGAGUUUCUUUUUGGAAAAUUUGCUUGUUCUGAUCAGCUAGCUCCUCAAAUAAUUCUCAAUACUAUCCACUUAUUAUCCAGGACUGCUUGACUUCUUCAGCCUGUGAAAUUGCUUGUAGCGUUGUUGCUCAGCAUUUGGAGGAGCCAUGGCGUCCAUUUGGCGAGGAAGACCUCGGAAUUACCACCGGGAGCGUCGAGAUGCAGCGCUGGAUCGCACAGUAUGUGUGGACCACCCAUUGGCCGCACCCACCGUGAUAGAUGCGAAAGUGACAUCCAAGUCUUCUCAACCAUCCUCAUCUGUGACAAAGAGUGAGAAGUCAGCUCCAACAAAAGCCGUUGCGUUUGACCCGUUGUCUGGUGGAAUGUUGGCUGAUGAUGACCCACUGGGAGCUAUGGCCGGUGGUUCCGAUCCUCUCAGCAUGUCAGCAGCUAGUCCGAUUGAGACAAAGUCCACAGCCCAGGUGAUGGAGGAAGAGUACGACAUUGGAACAUUUGAGCCGUGGGAAGCCAAGAAGGCCGGCAUUCUCUCCAAGUACACAACAUCCGAGAAGCUCUCCAUCACAACGAGCUUCUUGUCGCAGUCAGACAGAGAGAAAGUUGUCGUCAAGGCACAGACCUCCGCCACAAUGGCCGACAAGGUCAAGAAUCGCCUGGAGCAACUGGAUGAUUUCGAGGAGGGCUCUAUGAAAGAGAUGAUGAAUCUAAGCCAGCAAGAGUAUGUGAAGCGUAUUGAUGAGUUGCAUAAGGCCAUGUCUGAUGCAUGGGAAGGCGACCAGCGCGUCAAGACUCUCAAGAUUGCUAUUCAGUGCUCCAAGUUGCUGGGCGACACGAACGUGAUUAAGUUCUACCCGAGCAAGUUUGUCCUCAUCACGGACAUACUGGAUACGUUUGGUCGCUUGGUCUACGACCGUAUUUGGCGCAAGUCCACCAUCUCCGUGCCGGGAAGCAGUGUGCCGGUCAUGUUGCCAGAGAAGUUCACGGUGGAACAGGUGCCUGACUCCGCCAAGGAGACCUGUCGCAACUGGUUUUUCAAGAUUGCCUCCAUUCGCGAGCUUGUUCCCCGAUUCUUUGUCGAGACGGCCAUCUUGAGAUGCUACAAUUUCCUUACCACGGAUGAGUUUGCCGAGGCAAUGCGGCGCUUGACAAACAUGAUCCGUGGCAUUGGCAAUCCACUUGUGGCCGUCUACGCUCGCUGCUACCUGUGUCGCGUGGGCGCUCUGGUGGCGCCACAUGUGCGCAGUCAUCUGAUGCCCAACCUUUACGACUUCAUGAACGCGUACACGCAGCUAAACAGCGACCAUGUCAACAAUGUGCUGGCUAUGCAGAGAGUUGACUUUGCGGACUACUUGCAGUUGUUUGUGCCCGGCCUGGAGUGGAUGCUGCAGUGCGUCGCGAAUCGCGCUCAAGAGUCAGUGCUGGAGGAUAUCCUGGUGCGCUCGGCGAAGAAAUGCAACACGUCUCUCUUCCUGCACUCGGUGUUACAAACGUUUGAGCCGAGUUUCACCGCCUCCAGAGCAGCAAAGUUUGUUGACAUGAUCAAGGACUGUGAUGAAAAUGGCUUCUCCAAGCAUCUGCUUUACCGCGUGCUUGGCAUGAAUCUGUUGCUGUGUGAUCCGCCGUCAGAGGAGCGCAUGGGCAUACUGCGCGAUGUGUGGAAGGAUGUGACCAAGUUGAAAGAUCCCGCGGAGUACAUAGCCUGCGCUGAAGUCUGGAUUGAGUUCCCAUGCAAGCACUUUGGUAAAAAGAACGUCAACACGUUUCUGGCUGACCUGAUGAAACAUGUGACGGUUGAGCGGGCAUUUGAGAACCACUACUCACAGCUUCAAUCCAUGGUCUCCAAGAUAGUGGCUCACAUGCACGACUUCAGUGCACUCUUCUCGAUGGACAAGUUUCUGCCGUUCAUCGACGUCUUCCAGCGCGAUGCUGUCAAGGUGGAUGUGUGCAAGGUGGUCGUCGAAGCUUUCAUCCGGCAUCAGGUUGAUGCCACAUCUGACCCUGUGACCAUCAACGGCAUGAUGUACGUGUGCAAAGUCCUUCAUGACUCGAUCAAUGCGCUGAGUCUCCGUGACGAGGAGCGACAGAUUUCCAACUACAUCGUCAACUUCCUGAGACGGGUCACACACGGUCGCGAUCUCGAGGCUCACUUGAACUUCUUGGUGGACGCCAGGGCUGGUUUCGCCAACCUACAGCCUGUCGUUAUGUUUCUCGUGCAGCGUGUGAACAGUCUGGCUGUCGAGACACAUCGCAUGGUCAAAGGCAAUCAUUCCCGGAAGACGUCCGCCUUUGUCCGCGCCUGUGCUGCAUACACAUUCAUCACCAUACCGGGAGUGACGGACGCCUUCAUGAGGCUGAACCUGUAUCUACUCUCUGGUCAAGUGGCACUUCUCAACCAAGCCAUUACGCAAGGUGACUCAUUCUUCAAAGCGGCAAUCAGCACCCUGUCCGAGAUUCCUAAGACACAAGGUAUUGAAUUCGCCUACAUUAUACAGUGUUAUUUACCAAACAACCCUACUUCUUCUCCUCCUCCUUCU